AUGACAGUGAACACAGUGCCUGGCUUCCAGAUAAUGGUGCUGACUGACCCAGAGUUUGAAAGCAGUGUUCUCAUCAGCUCAGAUGAAGGUGCCAGUUAUCAGAAGUACCGCUUGAACUUCUUUGUCUUAAGUCUUCUUUUCCAUCACACACAAGAGGACUGGGCUUUGGCCUACAGUCAUGAUCAGAAGCUGUAUAGCUCAUUUGACUUUGGUCGAAAGUGGCAGCUAGUUCAUGAGCGAGUGACUCCGAACCGCUUCUACUGGUCAGUAACCGGUCUGGACAAGGAUUUAGGUCUGGUACACAUGGAGGCCCACACUCCUCAAGGCCAUUGUCAGUAUGUGUCAUGCAGAGCUCAAGCCUGCUCUGAAUCCAGUAGGACAUAUCCAUUUUCUGGUUAUAUUGAGACCAACUCACUCGUGGUUCAAGAUGAAUACGUGUUUGUUCAGGUAACGACUACUGGCAGAGCGAGCUACUAUGUGUCCUAUCAAAGAGAACCUUUUGUAUGCAUUAAAAUCCCCAAAUACUCCCUGCCCAAGGACAUGCAUAUCGUGAGCACAGAUCAAGGUCAGGUUUUCACCGCCGUCCAGGAGUGGAACCAGAAUGAUACCUACAACAUGUACAUAUCUGACACACGUGGGGUGUACUUCACCUUAGCCCUGGAAAACGUCAGGACCAGCCGUGGCCUCGGAGGCAACAGCAUGAUCGACCUUUACGAGGUAGCAGGGAUUGAAGGUAUGCUCAUCGCUAACAGGAAGGUGGAGAACCAGGUGAAGACGUACAUUACUUACAACAAGGGCCAAGACUGGAGGCUUUUGCAGGCGCCCACUACUGACCUGGCAGGAAAUCCGAUACAUUGUGUGCUGCCGUUUUGCUCGCUGCACCUACAACUGCAGAUGUCAGAGAACCCAUACCUCUCAGGCUCCAUCUCCACCAAGAGCUCAGCGCCGGGAGUCAUCGUGGCUACAGGUAAAGGGUUUUUCGGACACUUCAGUCAUCGUUCUGAAUGGCAGCUUAUCAAAAUUGACUACAAGUCCAUAUUCACCAGAAGGUGCACAGAGGGAGACUACCAAACCUGGCACCUGCAUAACCAGGGUGAGCCAUGCAUAAUGGGUCAAAAGCAGAUCUACAUGAAACGUCGUCCCGGAAAUUACUGCAUGGUGGGAUGGGACAACUCCAGGAUCCUGUCUGCAGAACCCUGCAUCUGCAGAGCACACGACUUUGAAUGUGAUUAUGGUUUUGAGAGAAGAGGGGAUGGAAACUGUCUGCCUGCAUUUUGGUUCAACCCUUCUACGUUGUCUCAAAGCUGUAGCCAAGGGCAAAACUACCUCAACAGCACUGGGUAUCGUAAAGUGGUUGCGAAUAACUGCACAAAAGGAGUGAAGGAGAUGUACACAGCCAGGAAACAGCAAUGUCUGAACCGCCCCCCACGAGGUUUAGUCCUGACAACCCGUGAUGACAAACUCACAGCCAAUAUGGGCAGCAAUGUGACCUUCCUGGUGCGGCUAGAGGAGGGCGACUCUAUGAGGACAAACAUUCAGCUGGAUUUUGGAGACGGUACGGCCGUGUCCUACUCCAACCUGAGCUGGACGCAGGAGGGCAUCAGGCACGUGUACCGCAGUGCUGGGAUCUUCAGAGUAACAGUGCAGGCGGAGAACAGCCUCGGGUUCGACACAUCAGCCCUCUACCUGCAUGUGACAUGCCCUGUGGAGCAUAUUCAGCUGCUGGCUCCAUAUGUGGUCAUUAAGAAUAAGGAGGUGAACUUGACGGCAGUGGUCUGGCCUUCUAAUUUCAGAACACUCACCUAUUUCUGGUGGCUGGGGAACAACACGGAGCCCAUAAUUACGUUGGACAGCAGUGUUUCUCACACGUUCAGCACCGAGGGCAUGGUCACCGUCACUGUUCAGGUCUCGUCAGGGGACUUUAUACUACAGGACACCAGAAGCAUCGCCAUACAAGAGAAACAUUGUCCGCCUCCUUGGCCCAUUUCUUCGUUUUCAUGGCCAAAGUGCUGGAAAGCGUUCAAGAUUCUUUCGGAAAGAAAAAUCCCCUGGAUUAACAUCUAUGCGGAGGUGAACCAUGAGAAAGAGCAGGAGAUGAUCAGUACGGUGGGCCAGAAUGACACCACACCAAAAAUCACCCUGAGUGAGUUCUCCACCCAGAAAGAACUGAUGGAGAAAGAGCUGGAGGCCCGUGCCAAAUGUGAGUGA